AUGGAUCAGAUAUUCAAUAAGGUUGGCUCAUACUGGUUCAACCAGAAGGCCAACAAGGAGCUCAAUUCCGUCGGCGACGAUAUCAACUCGUUGUCAGACAGUAUCGGAGGAGGGGCCAAAUGGGUAGUCAACAAAAUCAAAGGGAAAAUGCAGAAGCCAUUGCCGGAGCUGCUGAAGGAGUAUGACUUGCCAGUGGGGAUCUUUCCACGUGACGCUACCAACUAUGAGUUCGAUGAACAGACGCACAAGCUGACUGUGUUUAUUCCUCAGAUCUGUGAUGUCGGUUACAAGGACUCGUCUGUCUUGCGCUUCAAUGUCACGGUAACUGGGUAUCUUGAGAAAGGGAAGCUGUCAGAUGUUGAAGGAAUGAAGACGAAGGUGAUGAUUUGGGUUAAAGUGACUUGUAUUACAUCUGAGGGUUCAAAGGUCCACUUCACAGCUGGGAUGAAGAAAUCCAGGAGCCGGGAUGCAUAUGAGGUCCUUAGAGAUGGGAUCCGUGUGGAGAAGUUCUAA